GGCGGGGAGGCUCUGCCUCGGCGGGCCGGUUUGUCCCUCUGCGCCUGUGGAUCAAGUUUUCCUUCCGCGAAAGCAGCCCCACCGGCCGCAGUUGAACUGGUAUCAUGUAAGUGGAAGUGGCAUAACAAGUGUAUAGUGCAACAAAGCAAGAACAAGGCAGGCAAUAUGUUCAUCUGAGUGAAGGUCUGUUCCUCGUUUUUGAUUGUGUACAUCUGCAGUGUCUUUACAAAAAAAAAAAAAGAAAAAGAAAAAGAAAAAAAAAAGAAAAACUCUGUUUUGGAAAAUGUGCUGUGAUUUAAAAAGGAGAUUUUUGCUCCUCUAUGCAACACAAAAGGGGCAGGCAAAAGCCAUAGCUGAGGAGAUAUGGCAGCAAGCAGGUGCCCAUGGACUUGAAGCUGAUAUGCACUGUAUGAGUGAAAUGGACAAGUAUAACCUGGAAACAGAAAAGGAUCCUGUAGUUAUUGUUAUUUCUACUACCGGUACUGGAGACCCACCGGACACUGCCCGCAAGUUUGUAAAGAAAAUUCAAGACGUGACCUUGCCACCUGAUCAUUUUGCACAUCUCCAGUAUGCAUUGCUUGGGCUGGGAGAUUCUGAGUACACAUUCUUUUGUAAUGGUGGAAAGACAGUAGACCGACUACUUCAAGAACUUGGUGCCCAGCACUUCUAUGACACUGGAUUAGCAGAUGAUUGUGUAGGUUUGGAAAUAGUGGUUGAUCCUUGGAUUGAUGGACUGUGGCUUGCCCUCAAGGAAGCAUUUAUACUGCAGAAAGAAAAAGAAGACAUGAGCAGCAAUGCUGUUUCUGGCACUCCCCCUGCAGCCUCGCCAAUUGGAAAUGAACUAAACUUAAGCUCAGAAGUACAGAACUUGAAGCUAGAAGAUGGAGUGAGGAGUUCUGAUGUUUUGACUCAGAAAGUGGUUGACACCCAUCUUGAGGCUUCGACUAGAGAUGCUGAACCUUCACUUGUUCGUUCUGUGCCCCCUGUCUCUCAGUGUGCUCUUAAUAUUCCUGCCUUGCCACCAGAAUAUUUAGAGGUGCAAUUUCAGGACACCCAUGGUGAGAAUCCACAUCUGUCCUCACUGAUUUCAGAGGGAACAACCUUUGAAGUGCCAGUUACAAAAGCAGUUCAGCUCACUAGGGAAGAUGCAGUAAAAACUGCAUUACUCUUAGAACUUGAUAUUGCAGAUACAGUCUUUGACUAUCAGCCUGGAGAUGCCUUCUGUGUAAUAUGUCCUAACAAUGUCAAAGAGGUAGAAGAACUUCUUCAAAUCUUGGGACUUUCUGAUAAGGAAGAAUACUUUGUUUGUGUAAAGGUUAAACAGGGCACUAAAAAGAAAGGAGCAACUCGUCCACAACAUAUCCCUGAAAGAAGCACUCUGAAGUUCCUUCUAACCUGGUGUCUAGAAAUAAGAGCAAUUCCCAAAAAGGCAUUUCUGCGUGCUCUUGUAGAAUGUACCAGUGAUGCAGGAGAAAAACGGAGGCUUCAAGAACUUUGCAGCAGACAAGGAGCCUCUGAUUACACACGGUUCAUUAGAGAUUCUAAUGUUUGCUUGCUGGAUUUACUUCAUGCUUUUCCAAGCUGCAGACCUUCACUUAGCCUGUUAAUUGAACACCUUCCAAAAUUACAAGCCAGAUCCUAUUCAGUUUCAAGUUCAAACUUCUAUCAACCAGGAAGACUGUGUUUUGUGUUCAAUAUUGUGGAGUUUUCUGCCUGUCCAGCUAGACCAGUCCCACGUAAAGGAGUGUGUACAGGGUGGCUUGCUGAGUUAGUUGCACCUCUAUUGCACCCCAGUAAAAACACCCUGGCCACAAAAGGAGGAAGCUCUUCAACUGAAAAGAUAUCUAUUUUUGCUCGUCCAAACAAUACCUUCCACUUACCUGUAGACCCGUCUGUCCCAUUCAUGAUGGUUGGUCCAGGAACAGGAAUUUCACCAUUUAUUGGUUUCCUACAGCAUAGGCAAAAGCUCAGAGAAGAACAUACAGACUGGGAAUUUGGAGAGGCAUGGUUGUUUUUUGGUUGUCGGCAUCAGGAUCGAGACUAUUUGUUCAAAGAUGAGCUCAAAUGCUUUCUUGAAAAUGGCACGUUAACUCAUCUUAAGGUUUGUUUCUCAAGAGACUCUUCAACUGCAGAAGUAGCCCCGCCAAAAUAUGUGCAAGAUGUCCUUAGGCUUUACCCUAAGGAAGUUACCAGAGUCCUGCUGAAAGAGAGAGGUUACUUCUAUGUAUGUGGAGAUAAGAAGCACAUGGCUGAUGGUGUAAGCGAGGCUGUAGUGGACAUUUUAAGCAUGGAAAUGGAAGCUGACAAAUUGGAAGCAAUGAAGAUGCUGGCCGUGCUUCGAGAAGAGAAACGAUAUUUGCAGGAUGUUUGGAGCUAAAUAUGUAGCAUUUCCUAUGCCUUUGUGACACAAAAGUUUUAAUUUCACACAUAUUCUAUUGACUAAGUUAUUGCCAAGAAGUGCUGUCUGUAGUCACAAAAAUCUAUGUAUCUAUUGACCUUUCAAUCAGGAGUGAAAUCUUUUAAUGGCAACAAAUGAGGAGGCUGCCUUCUGAACGGUAUGUUUUUUUUAAUGUUGUUAUGUAAGAGACUGUCUCAGUGCCUUGAUUCUCUCAUUUUAAGAUUGGUUUCAUGUAGACAGUAAAAACUUCUGCACUUGCAUAAGUAUAAUUGUAUAUGUACAAAAAGAUAAAGCCCCCAAUACAAGAAGGAUGUGGACCUGUUGGAGCGUGUCCAGAAGAGGGCAACAAAAAUGAUCAGAGGUCUGGAGCAUCUCUCUUAGGAAGACAGGCUGAGGGAGUCGCAGUUGUUCAGCCUGGAGAAGAGGAGACUCUGGGAGAACCUUAUAGCAACCUUCCAGUAUCUGAAAGGGGCCUAUAAGAAGGCUGGGAAAGAACUGUUCUCUAGGGCAUGUAACAAUAGGACAAGGGUUAAAAGUUGCAAGCUAGAGAAGGGUAGAUUUAGAUUGGACAUUAGGAAAAAGUUCUUUACUAUGAGGGUGGUGGAUCACUGGAACUGGUUGCUUAGAGAGGUGGUGGAGGCCCCAUCCCUGAAGACAUUCAAGGUCAUGCUUGAUGGAGCUCUGAGUAAUCUGUUCUAGUGUGAGAUGUCCCUGCUUAUUGUAGGGGGCUUGGACUAGAUGACCUUCAUAGGUCCUUUCCAACCCAAGAUAUUCUAUUAUUCUAUUACAUCAUGUAUUUUUUCCUAUACUGUAUGCAGAAAGAAGCUACAGAGUAAAUAUGUUAAACACUGAUCUGUGCAUCACGAAAUACAUUGUUGACUUGCUGACAUUUAUUUGAACUCUUCUUAGGUACUUCCUGAGACUGUUUUCAGCUUGCAGAAUGACAGUAACUCCCAAAAGGAAUGAAUAUUCAGAGGCUUGUGUGGAAAGGCUACUGCAGAAUUUUGUCACUGAAGUUUUUAAGAAAUACUUAGCUUUUUCAUUCUGUCGUUACCUCAUAUCUGAAAGUUUUGCUACAAUCCACGCUAAUCCUUUUUAGAUUUUCCGGCAUAAUUCUUUUGUAAUUAUUUUCGUUCCUGUCUCUACAAUGUUUGUGGUUUAAUUUAUAAGUAAUGUCACCAGUUGGCAUGAAUUUGAUGGCUGGAGAAAUAUUACUUAGUAAAUAGUUUCUCAGAUUACUAAACUAACUUUUUUAAGCUGAAGACACAGUAAAAUAUGAUGUUUUGAAAUCAGUUUCCUUUGCUUAUGACAAUCCACUGCAAAAAUCAAGUUGUUGAAAGCAACUGUUGAAGUAUCUGAUCUUCUUUCUAAGAAGAGCCAUGUGGGGUGCAAAUUGGUGGAAAAGUGAAAGUGUAAGUCAUUUGUGCUUCUCUUCAGAUCCUUCCUCUCUUCCCUCUGCUUUUUCUGACUUCUAAACAUCUAUGUUGUCAUCUUGGUUACUUGUCAUACUUAAAUCUUUAAUGAUAAACAAAAGGAAAAGUAGGAGAUAAUAUUUUAGACAAUUAUUUUUAAUUUCCUGUUGAGAAUUUGUGUUUCAUUUUGCCUUACACAUAAUCAGAACCAUAUGACUUAUUCCAAGUCUUGUGGUUGUCUAGUAAUUAUUAUUUAAUUGGUAGGUAAAUGAAAAAGAAAUACAGAAAAAAAUAUGAUGAUCGUUAGAAUAAAAUAAUGUUUUUAAAGAAGAAAUGCCUGGAAUUAAGGUUCUGAUAUAACCUGUGUAAUGAUUACUUAAAUAUCCCUGGAAGAGAUAAACUGAAAGUUUAUGCAGAAAUUCUUCAGCAGAGCAGUUAUAUUAAUCACUGUCAAGUAAUCUCUACCAAAAAAGCUUAAUUGGGAGAGAUGGCUUAGAGUAAUGCAAACAGUGCAUUUUUUGAAAAGUACUCCAAUUUUAAACUUUAAUGGAAAUCAUUUAGGUGAUGCAAACAUCAACAGUUUGCAUCAGUCGAUCACCUUUACAUGUUUUUGAAAAUUAUUAAUGAAAGAAUAAGCUACAAGUAUUAAAUAGUAAAGAUAAGUCAGUUACUACCUUCUGUUAACUGGAGUUUGUUUGGAAAAUUUAGAAAUAGCACCUUAUUAUAUUGUGUGUUCUCAGAUAGGAUUUAUGAUUUUCAGUGCCACCUGUAAGUUCUUGGAGAUUACAGAAAAAAUAAUGUUUUUCAGCCAGCAGGCUGCAGCUUUUCCCAGAUCUCUUAAAGGUACUUGGUUUUGUGUUGUUUACAUAUCCCAAUGCAGAAGUUGCAAUAACCAUUUUAGUAAUACUACAGGUAAUAGUGUGGCACUGUUUCCUACAUUAAUAGUUGAGUGUUCUUUUCGCAUGGUGUGCAUUGCAUUUGACUGAAAGUCUCCCUUAGAAUUUUUAUCCAUGCCUUUUCCCUCUCCUGUUACCAGUUCUCUACAAAACUAAAACACUUGAAUUUUUUAGUACUGUAGUGGUGAAACACGUGAGCUUUCUUAUGUCUCUUAGGACAAGAAAAUAGUUGCAGUUUAAUCUUAAAUUUGUAACUGCAUGGGGCAAAGCCCUAAGUUCAAACAAACUAAAAUAAGCCCAACAAGCACCACCAUUUGUCACUUGAAGUAUUUUUGUGUUCAUGUGACACGGAGCAGGAAAGGCAGUGAGGAAGGCAGUUGGAUGAUAGGGACAUCAUGGAGAUGGCUUGCAAUAAGAAUGUUUUUCUCAAUUAAGUUGUGCCUCUCUAUAAUCAGAUACUGCUGAUUUAUGACUUCUCCUCAGGGUGUCUUUUAGAAAAAUGGAGUGGAUUUUAUUAUACCUCCUAUAGUUAGGCAGGGGAUUUUUUUAACAUCUCUUAGUUUUCUUUUAUUAGAGAGAUCUCGUAUAUGUAUUUUUCCUCUUAAUUCCAGAAUUGGUUACAGAAUUCCUUUAUCACUAAAAGAAGUAGUGACAGUUGAGCACUCUUUCUUAUGUAUGAGAAGCUUAUGCUCUUUAUGGACUGUAUGGACAAGGACUGGUUGUUACAUUAGAGCUGUUUCAGAAAAGCAUUCAUGGGGAAGCAUUCCUUAUGACUUAUUUUCUCAUCAGUUUUUGAAUUAUAUUCUGAGUUUGCGAAAUCGUGUAGAUGUCACAAUUUCUCUUCUCAACGACAGUUUCAAAAGAGGGUUUAUUUUUCAGAUUACUAAACUCAUGCCAUUUUUUUUUCAGUUUGCUUUCUAAAUUCAAGCGUAUGUUACUGCACCUGAGAACAAAAGUAGUUAUUUCCAUGUUUCUUGCACCUGCUUCCUGUCCUUCUGCUUUCUCUCCCAACUUCUCAGGAAAUCUAGAAUAUUGGCAGAAAUAGGUUGAAUAUGCCUUGUUAGCAGUCUAUGAAGAUACUGAGCAUCUUGAGAAGUUUCUUCUGACAAGACCAGAGGAGAGAAAUGGCAAAAUCAUGACAGAACAUGACCAGUGUGUCCAUUUAGGGACUGAACUUGGCUGCGGAAUGACACCUUAGGUGUUGAAUGGCACAAGGAUGGAGGAAAGGUUAUUAGAAGUAGGCGUCCAAAUAGAUUAAGAAUAAAAUAAGCUUCUGGAAUGAGGCAGGGGCUCUGCUGCAAGCCAUAGAGUUUGUAAGUUAUUUGAGAAUAUGCUAAUAGCUUUUUCUGUCUCUCAUCAUUCCAAGUUACCAGCAACCAUGGUUUAGAGAUUAAUCUGACAGUGUUGUACCCAAAAUGAAAUGUUUUGUUCAAAGGAAACUUAGAUCACUGAGGGAUUUUCCAAAUACUGUGUGUUUUGGUAAAAUUUACUUGGCCUUUGUAGGCAUUAUUCUGCCCAACUCUGUGAGUAGGGUAGAAAAAUAAUUUAAAACAAAGAAAACACCUGCCUGCCUGCCUCCCCCAGUCUCACAAAUGCCUGCACAUGUAUAGGACUAAGCAGAAGUUCAGUGGGGCCCCAGCUUUCUUGUAGGCCCCCUUCAAUUACUGGAAGCUGGCUAUAAGGUCUCCCAAGAGCCUUCUCCAAGCUGAACAACCCUGACUGUCUCAGACUGUCUUCAUAGGAGAGGUGCUCCAGCCCUAUGAUCAUCUUUGUGGCUCUCCUCUGCACUUGCUCCAACAGCUCCAUGUCCUUCAUGUGCUGAGGGCUCCAGCACUGAACACAGUACUCCAGGUGGGGUCUCAUGAGAGCAAAGUAGAGGAGGAUAAACACCUCCUAUGACCUUCUGGCCACCCUGUCCAAUUUCAGACAUGACAGUGUUUAUAUAAUAAGUAACAAUAUAUUUUCAGCAUUAUUUUCUAUUCUGGUUUUUUGGGUGUUGUGAAGGAAUAAAAAUGAGAGAAUCAUUGGAUGCCUGCUGGUGAUUAUGGGAAGAACAUUACAUUGCUAGAAGUCAUGGUCUAGAAGCCCUGGUCAUUUAUGAUGAAUUGAGAGAUGAAUCUACAAUGGCAGAAUGGUACAAGCAAUCAAUUUGGAUCUGAAAACUGAGCUAGUUGAUACAAUGGUUGAAUAUAAGAGCUAUAGACUUGUGUAAUGAAUCUGGAGAGUCUGCUCUCCAGUUGAGGAAAAUGCAUAAAUAUAAAAAGCUGUACAGUAUUAAUAUUUGCCUAUCGUAAAAAAUAAAAAUGCUUUGCAAAUGAUAGCAAAAGCAGUAUGUCAAUUUGUUUAGUCUCAAAACUGUAUUAAAUAUGUUUCAUAUUGAAAAUGUGGAUGUUUUAUGCGAAUUAUUCUUGAAAAAUUGAUUCAGCACCACUGCGAAUUACAUUCACUUUCAUUGGUAUUUGGAUACAUUCUCCACUUCUGUUGCAAAAGGUUUGUCAUGUUGACAAAGCACUCAAAACCUAUUGUGGUUAUUAAAAAAUAAAUAGUUCUGUUGUCGGUUUGAAAGCAGCAGUUUUGUAAGGCACCAUCAGUCAGGCAUAUUAAUUUCUAAUCUUUUAACUCUUGCUUAGAUGAUGAACUGGAUUUUCCUUAAUUUUUUUUUUUUUUUAAUGUGCUUUAUUGUGAGUUGCUAAAGGAUGAGCAGAGCUGUUUCCAGUACUUUCUCCUCAAUGGUGAGACAAUGGCAUUUUUAAUUGGUUUUCAGGUGUUGUGAGAAAACGGUGUCAAUAGCCUUCGAUUUAUCAAUAUCACCAAACCAAAACAGAAUUGUGGGGCUUUGACUGCUCAGCAUUUGUGGGCAGGACCAAAUAGUGAAACAGGCAUUAGUGUGUACGUAUCUCUCUUUCCAUGUGUUUGUAUAAACUGUCUUCCAGUUAAAUACCACCUCUCUGCUUGCAAUUCUUACAGACUGCUCCUUCUUGUGACUGAGAUGAUACUUCACUCUUUUGAUGGGGGCAAAUUCCUUUGGAAUAAGCCACUAUGUCACCAGCACUCAUUUUUGUUUUCUGCAAAGAUGAGAAAGGAGCAGUAUAUGAGCUGCCAGAACCAUAGGCAGAUAAACAGCUUGUGGCUCUUGGAAGACAACAGAAUGUCUUUUCCUUUCUCAUGUUACGGUUCCUAAACUUCCUGUGGCAGGAGUUUGGCAUUGAUGCCAAUGGAAACCCAGCGGCACAGCUUGUUGGUAGUCAAUUCUUAGGUUUUCCUUGCCUAACAGCUGGAGCAAACAGAGACAGGAGGGGAGAAAGGGAUCCUGUAAUGUUUUUAAAUAAAUGAUGGGAUGUCCAAGUAUUUAAUGCAUGUUGGUUAUUAAAAUACCUAUGCCUAUGAGAAGCAGAACAAACUGCUGUUUUUUAAAAAGUUAUUUUUGUAAAAUUCUCAAAUUAAAAGCUAAUUCCGAAAUAGAAAUGGCUUUAUUUCUUAUGAACAGGAGAGUUUGUUAAGGCUCUUACAGCUUUGCACAAAAGAGUAUUGCAUUUUAAGAUGAAUGGAAACAUUUUUCAUGUUUGUAAAACCCUGCAAAAUUCAAUUCAGAACUCACAGGAAAUUGCAAUAAUAAGUCUUUGAGAGUUUGUCAUUUAUUUGCUUUUCCUUUUUAAAUGGCUUUGUAAAACAUCCCUGUUUUCUUCAUAUACGCAUGUAUAUAUAUAAAUACAAAUAUAUAUUUCUAUAUCUAUGCA